AGUUAGGUGGGAAUAGACACUUUUUCCAUCCGCAGCUUCCAACGAGAACGACAGAUUCGCACCGGCAUUCGGUCUGCACACCACGUUAGUAUAGUUCUUGAAAGUAAGUGUAAAGUCUCUCUCCGACGACAGGCGUUAUUUAUUUUAAAAAUCCGGGGAGAAAACGGCAACGUCAACAACGUCUCAGCAAUGAUUUCUUACUCUUGCGAACUGGGUUAAGAGCCUUCCUACUAGUUAAAUCCAGUGUACUAUUUACACGCGUUAUUUAUGUGGAAAGAAAGCAUAAAGAAUCUGCGGGGGCGAUGACGAAGUCAACCCCUUUUCAUUAUUAAUUGUCGUCGGUAAAUGGGGUUCCUUUUCACAACACGGAAGGUUUACCUUAAAGGGGGGAAAUGCUGGGGGUUUCACCGAUUUGGUUUCCCUUUUAUAUCACCAUUUUUACAAUACUCGGCUGUAUUCAAAACACAUCAACUACAAAUUUUUUAUCAUCAGAUGUUGAUUUAAAGGUUAACGAAGAAAAUUUGAAGAGCCUUCUCAGUGAAAAAGAAUGGAAGGAUAUUAUUGGUGUGGAACAUCCAGAUACAACAUUCAAAAUAGUUCAUCCAAUUUUAAAUCAAAACACAGGAAAAGAAAAAAAUAUCUUAAAAAUUGAACUUGAAAAUGGUGAUUUUCUCGAACCAAAUUUCACAAUACGUCUAGUUCCUAGCCCAAGAUUAAUUUCGAGUAGUUUUAAGUACGUCGAGACGUUCAAUGAUACUUCAAAUUUAAUCCCCCACCGUUUAGAAGAGCUCCAGUGCUUCCACAGAUCGAACAAGUCCGCGUUGGAUCUUUGUCAAGAUUCCAUUAUUCGUGGAAUAAUCCAUUCUACUAACAAAGAUUACUUUAUAAUCCAACCACUGCCUGAAAGGUUCCUUAAAAAUCGAACAAUAAAACCUCAUAUUAUCAUAAAGAAGCCGAUUUUUAAUUUAAACGGCGAUUGCUCUAUUUUGAACCGAAAUAAAACUUACGGUGUAAUAAAUCUUGAUGAAAAUUUAAAAUCAAAUACACUCAAAAAAAGAAUUAAAAGAGACAGUUACUCACCAAGCCCCAUAUUUGUAGAAACCGCUGUAUUUGUUGAUAAGGAUUUAUUUGAACACAUGAAAACAAAUUAUCCUGUUGACACGGAAAGAGAUUUAAUUAGAUUUGUUUUAGCGAUGAUUAACGCCGUGCAAUUAUUGUAUCACGAUCCAAGUUUGGGUAGACCGGUUAAUUUUUUAUUAAAACGUUUAGAAAUUUUAAAAGACGAAACUCCCGGAUUAACGAGAUCACCUGAUAUCGAUAGAUAUUUAUCGAACUUUUGCAAUUGGCAAAGAACCAAAAAUCCAGCGGGCGAUCGCGAGCCUAAACACUGGGAUCAUGCGGUUAUUUUAACCGGUUUAGACUUGUACGUAAGAGGAAAACAUGGAAAAAUAUCCAGCCAAGUUGUGGGUUUAGCUCCUGUUGCUGGAAUGUGCACUUUAACGAGCAGCUGCACUGUAAAUGAAGGAAGGCAUUUUGAAAGUGUUUAUGUUGUCGCCCAUGAAAUUGGACAUAAUUUAGGAAUGAGACAUGAUGGUCCUAUGGCUGAUAAUGAUUGCGAUCCUACAAGUUAUAUUAUGUCGCCAACUUUAGGAAGUGGGAAAAUUACUUGGUCACCUUGUAGUAGAAGAUAUUUAGAAACGUUUUUAGAUACUCCUCAAUCAAGAUGUUUAUUAGAUCAUGGAAAUUCAGCGGGACAAUUAGAUCAUGGAGCUGAAGGCGCUCUUCCUGGAGAAAGAUUCGAUGCUAAUCAACAAUGUAUGUUAAAAUAUGGUAAAGGUAGUAAACAUUCGUCCCAACAACCUUUGGAUGAUGUAUGCCGAGAUUUACACUGCGAGAGAGAACGAUACACGUGGACUUCUCAUCCAGCUUUAGAAGGAACAUCUUGCGGGCACAAUUUGUGGUGUAGAGGAGGAAAAUGUGUAAUAAAAAAUUUAGGCACAAACGCAGCUUACACCGUUUCGAAAUCAAUCCCAAUCCGUAAAGAAAAUAUUGAUGGCGGUUGGAGCGAUUGGAAAACUUAUAGUGAAUGCGCCUCCGGGUGCUUAUACGGAGAAGAAGGAAGAUUGCGAACCGGAAGUACAUCGAUAAUGAUAUUGGCGAGAUUAUGCAACAAUCCGCAUCCACAAGGAAGUGGAGCGAGCUGCAUUGGUUUUGAUAAAAAGUAUCAAACUUGCAACGCAAAGCAAUGUUUAAAUGUUCCUAGAUUAACAAUUAAAGAGUAUGCCGAACAGAUAUGCACGAGAGCUAAAGAAGUUGAUGGCGACUUAACCGGAAAUGGGAUACAAAAAAUUGCAACCGAUCCUAAUGAAUCUUGCAUGAUUUGGUGUCAAAAAAAGAACGGUGGGACAAAAAGUCGCGGUUGGACUUAUCCAGAUGGAACUGCAUGUCUAACAAAAAAAAAUCGUUAUGGAAGACCGAGUUACUGCAUCAACGGGAAAUGCGAGGAGUUUCAUUGUGAUGUAUUAGACGAACAACAAUUUGUCCAACAAGCUGAUCUUUGCCCAGUUGAUAAAGACUCUAACGAAAUCACGUGGAGAACGGGAUUACGAAGACGUGAGAGCAAUUCCGUGUGGAUAAGCGCAAGCGGAUGUCAUUUUAACUGUAUUUCACCCGGAUCCGGAAUUCGUUUAGUCGUAAAGAAAGGAAAAACUAUGAAAUCUAGUAUACAACUCUGCAAACCAGAUCAAUACUUUCAGGGUUGUGGAAGAAUUAAAUCGCCGUUUCAACACGCAUCGAUGGUUUGUACAAAAUACAAAGAUAAAGUUAGAAGAUUAUCUGGACUGGGAAUUCAAAUAUCUCCAAUAAUAGAAGAUCCUGAUAGACCGUGUAGAGUAGCUUGUCAAGAUGAAAGCAUUCAACACAGAUUUUAUUUGGUAAACGGUGAAGAUGGAUGGUUUCCAUUUGGGACAGAUUGUUCUAAGGGAAAUUCUGCUAAAAGAGGUUAUUGUAUAAGUGGAAAAUGUUUAGAAUUUGGUUCUGAUGACACUCCAUUAUCGCAGACCGAAUUUACACUGCCUUUACUAUCACGAAAUAAACGAUCUCUAAGCGGUAAUAGCACUAAAAUUACUGCCAGGUUAGAACCGCACGUAUUAGAAGCUAUCAUACAUCAACUCAACAAAACACUUUUAGGUAAAGUGAACCGCUCUGAAGUUAAUGAACACAACAUCGAUUUAAAAAAUCCUAUCCACGUUAAUAUGGAAGAUGAUGUUGAAAACGUAUCACCUCACUAUUAUUAUAAUGUAAAUCAAGAAGACUAUUACAACUAUACUUAAAAUUUACAAUUACAGGAAUUUUUUAAUUUACACGUUACGUUCUAUGAAGAUGUGUAAAGAACUCGAUUAAAUUAAAAUAUUGAAUUAUUGAGUAACAACGGAAGAAAUAAAGAAUAUUAGGGACACCGCGUAAAACGAGAAAUUCCUGUAUUUUAUUUAUUUUUUAAUAAAAAGAAAAUACAACUGUAGAAAUAUAGAAAUGUAAAUAGAAAAAUAGAUAUUCUUUUAUGUUUAAUUUUUGUCUUACUUUGGAAUUUUGAUCUAUACAUAAACAGCCCAUGUACACACAUUGUUAUUGUGUAGUUUAUGCAGCUUGAUUUUCUAUCAGCGAAACAGAAGUACCACAAAACUUGCAGGCAUAACUUGAC